GUAGGGGACCAGGGUGGGCCUGACCAAGGGCCUUAGGAGCUUUGGCUGGGUGCUCAGAGCUGGUCUGCAGGAUGGACACGGUGUUGGGCGAAUCGGCGGGGCUUAGGUGUGAGCUGAGACCGGAUUGGGUCUUCGGCUCAGGGUCGAGACUUCGAGCUCCCCUCUCCGAGGAGCUGUGCCCCUGAGCACCAAGCGGCGCCUGGAGGAGGAGCAGGAGCCUCUGCGCAAGCAGUUUCUGUCUGAGGAGAACAUGGCCACCCAUUUCUCUCAACUCAGCCUGCACAAUGACCACCCCUACUGCAGCCCCCCUAUGGCCUUCCCCCCGGCCCUGCCCCCACUCAGGAGCUCUUGCUCUGAGCUGCUUCUCUGGCGAUACCCUGGCAGCCUCAUCCCUGAAGCCCUCCGGCUGCUGAGGCUGGGGGACACCCCCAGUCCCUCAUACCCUGCGACCCCAGCUGGGGACAUAAUGGAGCUCUGAGUGCUAGUGGACAGCGCCCCUCCCACCUUCCUUCUUCCCCACAACAGAAGAGACCAGCGACUCCCGCAAAGAGACAAGGAGCCUCCCUCUCCUCCAGACCAGGCAUCUGGGCACCAAGACCUUCCCUCAACAGAGGACACUGAGCCCAAUGAAGCUCUGGGACGAGAGGGGUGGGAGCAUGGGAAGGGAGGCAUCCCACCCCCAAGAAAAACUGAAUAAAGAUUGCUGAGCAAAGAAA